AUGGACGAUGCGGUGCAUCCGUUGUCGCUGCGGCUGGAUCAACAACCACUAAACAUCUUUACUUGCCUUUGGCUCAAGAACACCCGCACAAAGCCUCUCUCUCUGUGCAUCCCUGACACCAUCCUCCUGGACCGAGGCGUCCUUCAACAAUGGUAUUUCACGUCCAAGACUGGCGAGGUCCUUCGACGGAAAAAGGACAACACGACCAAGUCCAAGCUCCUUCGGUACCUCCACGAGACCGCUGCCGGUCCGAUCGCAGCCGUGCACGUGUACUUGGUCACAGAGAAGCGAGUUCUCGUCGUGGACCAUCUCUCUCUUGCUGGCGUUGAAUCGUUGCUGAAUAACCCGAUGGCAUCGACCCACGGCAUGCUGCAGAAGUUCGUGCCACCCAAAUCGUGCUACAACAACAUGAUGCAAACCGUGUUUGCCCAUGACACGUGCCAGACAGCUCUGCGCUGCACCAACCCGCACAUGUUUGUGAACGAGCUCAUGCCCAUCGAACUGCGGGCUGUGACGUUCGAGUCGCCGACGGCAACGACACAAAAAGCUAUCGGGAACCCCACGACGCUGCAAACGCUGACGUGUUGGAAUCGUGAAGUGGUGGACCACGUCGCCGCCACUGUCGGCAUGGCCAUCACGCGCCAAGUGCUGCAUUUCAAGAUGGGGGCAGAUAACAAACUGUACCUGUUGUGGCCGUCCUCGAUCGUGUUUGAAAACCAAGAAGCCAUCGUCCCGUGCCAACUGGUCACCCCGAGCCGAUUCGAGCCGUGGCAUGCAUCCACGCUGGUCGACGGCGCCGCGCCUAGCACGUGUCCUGCAUGCGGCAAUCCGUGCCGUAAACGAACGGGGUCGAUGGGGGCGACGUUCCUCGUCACGUUCAAAGCCAUCCUGGCUGCGCAUCGAUCUUCCAGCCAAAGCCAUUCAGAUCCGACUCUAGUUGGGGAUGGAAUCGUUCCAGGGGCCAUCCGCACGGCGUACGGGCCAUUGAGCGACGACAAGUUUACUGCGUUGAUGCACGACGCGUCCUUUUUAUAUCGCACCGUUCAAGUGUGUGAAGAGUGCUGCAGAGACAUCAACACGAAAGCAGUCGCGCAAGAGACUGCGCCACCGUCGUGCUCUGUUUCCAAACCCCGACCAUCGAACCAAAGCACGCGAUGGAGGAGUUGGAAAGAUCCGCGACAGGUUGUGGCGGUGGCUCUGGGACCAAAGAAACCUCAGUCCGCGCGCAAUCUAUGUCGAAAACCUGUCACGUCCGUUGUCCCGGUGGCGCCAGGUGCGGCAAUUCCCGCCUCCACUUCGUCCACAAGCCGCCGAAAUUCGCUCGCUGGGCCGAGUCUCCACCUGGUAGGUCGACCGGACGUCACCGCCUCGGACAACCAAACACAGCACGCGCCGCCUGCAUACGACAAAGUCGAGUUGGUGGCGAAGCCUCGACCUGUGUCUGCGGCGGCAUCGACACUCUUCCCGACGCGACCACGCCCGUCGGCUGCGGCCGUGCCGUCUAGUACACCCGUCGCAAAGCAGCGCCCGCGAAGCCCCGCUGCCGCAGCUCUAGCUUCGCUUCGCACAGUCAUCCGUGCCAGCGCCCCAGCUCACAAUCUAUCCCUUCGAUCGGUGCUUGCUCAUCACGGAGUCGAGCCACAACACUCGACCGUGACAAUUCACGAACUAUUUACGCUGUGCUACAACGCCAGCACCCCCGUCAGCAUCAACGACCUCAAGACUGUCGCGAUGCUCUCACACCCACGGGACAACGUGCAUGUCAUCGAUAUUGACGCACUCGAUGCCAUGUUGUUGGCGAGUUCGACCGCCCCAGACUGCUCAAAGGCCGCUAUCCCGCCAACGCUCCGACCGAAAUCAUGCGUGUCGAAACCAAAUCGGUUCAUGAAAUCCCACCCCAUGCCGCCACCGGCAAUGAAUCCAAAACCUCCCGUGCACCCAACGCCCCCCCGCUCUGCGUCUGGGCAAUUCCACAUGUCUGCUCGAGUACUCGUUCCGUCGAUCGAGCCGCCACAAGCACCUGCCACUGCUGCCGACCCCGCUGGCCCAUCGUGCCCUGAAGAAUGGACGGACGAAGAGGCCGCUUGCUUGGCGCACGUGUUGUUGCAAGGAACAUGACUGCACGAUAGGCAGGGAAGAACGACCAGGUCGUUGUUACUUCUCUAGUUCGGUAUACAACAAACUGACGAAAUGGCUGGCCAAGA